AUGCGUUUCCAAAUACGUCUACCCAUUCUUAUCCUUGUCCUCGCCUUCUGCUUCGCCAGUCUUGUCUCUGCCAUCGCCCCAGAUACCUCUGCCAUGCAUCCAAAUACGCCACUUCAUCACGACCAACAGCCCAUGCGCGCAAGCACACUACCCACAGAGCCGGAGGCCACACCUACAUCCGCCAUGGCAGAGCUGCAGGGCUUGGAGGCGGCUUCAGAAGCGGGGUCGGUGGAUAGGCCGGUUGCGAAGAUGGCGCUCAUGGUUGUGGUUGGUGGAGUGCUGUUCGGGAUGGGUAUGGGGUUGUGA